AAAUGGCAGCUCAAACCGAGACAUAACAGAGCAAAUCCCCUCCCUCAAUCUGUCUCUAUUCCAGAAUGGAUUUUUUCCUCUUCAAUUGCUUACUCUGCCUCAUCUUCACCAUCAUCGCCUUCCUCCGAUCCCUGCAGAAGAAGGCAAGGAGAAAUCCGCCGCCCAACCUGCCGCCGGGCCCCGCUCGGCUCCCCUUAAUCGGCAACCUCCUCAAUCUCGGCGAGAACCCUCACAAAUCACUGGCCGACCUCGCCAAAAUCCACGGGCCCUUGAUGAGCCUCAAGCUGGGCCAUGUCACCACAAUCGUGGCUUCUUCCCCAGCUGUCGCCAAGGAGAUACUCCAAAAGCACGACAAGGUCCUCUCCGACCGCCACGUCUCCCUCGCCGGGAAAGCCCACAACCUCAGCGACUUCAGCUUGACGGCGCUCCCCGUGGAUUCCAAGUGGAGGAAUCUCAGGAAAGUGUGCAACUCGUAUAUCUUCACGACCCAUAAGCUGGAUGCCAACCAAGAGCUCCGGAAUGACAAGAUUGUGGAGCUCGUGGACGGUGUUCGACGAAAUGCGUCAGAGAAAGGGGAAAAGGCCGUGGUGGAUGUUGGGAGAGCGGCUUUCAAGGCCACUUUGAAUUCUCUGUCGGCGACUAUUUUUUCGUUGAAUCUGGCGGACGAGGAAGGGUCGGAGACCGCCAGGGAGUUCAAGGAUCUUGCGAGGGGGAUAAUGGAAGAGGCCGGCAAGCCCAAUCUGGGAGACUAUUUCCCCAUUCUGGCAAAGUUGGAUUUGCAGGGGAUACAGAAGCGGGUGACGGGUCACACAGGGAAGGUUUUGGAUUUGUUCGGAUGGGUCAUCGACCAACGGCUGCAGAAGCUCAAGUCGGAAAACUAUGCCUCAUCCAACGAUAUGCUAGACACGCUUCUUGCCAUUGGAGAUGAUGACCACAAUCCAGAGACUACCAUGGAUUCAACUCGCAUCAAACACUUGUUCCUGGAUCUUUUUGUUGCCGGUACGGAUACAACUUCGAGCACGAUAGAAUGGGGGAUGACUGAGCUACUUCGCAAUCCUGACAAACUUGCUAAAGCUAAGGAAGAACUUAACCAAACUAUUGGAAAAGGCAUUCAUCUUCGAGAGUCGGAUGUCCCUCGAUUACCAUAUCUACAAGCAGUAGUGAAGGAAACAUUUAGACUACACCCAGCAGCUCCAUUGCUACUUCCACGCAAGGCAAGGGUGGAUGUGGAAAUCUGCGGUUUCACCGUUCCCAAAGGCGCUCAAAUUCUAGUCAAUGUAUGGGCUAUAGGUCGGGAUUCGAUGACAUGGGAUAAUCCGAACUCAUUCAUGCCUGAAAGAUUCUUGGGUUCGAAGGUUGAUGCUAAGGGGAACAAUUUUGAAUUGCUUCCAUUCGGCGCAGGGAGAAGAAUCUGUCCUGGAAUGCCCUUGGCAUUGAGAAUGUUGCAUAUGAUGUUGGGUUCCUUGAUUCAUUGGUUCGAAUGGAAGUUGCCAAAUGGGAUUGUGCCAGAGAAGAUAGAUAUGGAAGAGAAGUUUGGAUUAGCUUUGCAAAAGGCCGAAGCUUUGCUUGCUGUUCCAACUCCCAUAUAAAGAAGACUAUGAACUCUAUUUGAAAACUACUGCUCUUGUAAUAAGUUGCUUGACAAUUUUUUUUUUCCAGAGUACUUUGAAAGCGACGUUUUGAAGAUUAGCGAGGAAAGUUCAAUAAUUGAUCAUACCCACA